AUGCUAGAAGAAUUCCACUUCCUCCCGCCGCCCGUUCCGCUGCCGCUGUGCCUCAGUUAUUUGACCAAGAUCGCAGACGCCGAUCCCCCGCCUUUGCUGCAGCUACCGCCGACGCAGGCGCUACGGUGUGGCCUAGAAUUUGUGCUAAGUGCAGAAGGCGUGCGCUUCACGGAUCUCACCUUCGUGGGAGAAGUUAAAGCUCGCAUUGCCGAGCUCAUGAGCACGGCUUCGACUUUCGAUACGUCGAACAAUAACUCCCGUCUGGCCCAGAAGACCCUCAAGUUCAGGAAUAUCGCGCAGCAGGAACAAAGUGGAGAUGUCGCUAUCCGUGCUCUAUGA